AUGGAGUCGAAUCUCACUCCAGGCGCCAACGACACCACGCAUGCCCUUCUCACGCAGCUCAUCCAAAUCGGACUCGGGAACUUCACUGCAGCGGGGUCUACGCCAGUAUCGCCAGCACCUACCUGGUCGCCGCCCACAGCCAAUAUAAGGAUCCAAUGUAUCGCCUACACAAGCUUGUUCUGUUUACUCGCUGCUUUCGGUGCUGUGCUAGGCAAGCACUGGCUUGGGUGCUACAAGGUGACAGAUACGACCGCUGCUCGGAGGAUGGGGAUGAACGAGCGGAGCGCAGACAACGGAAUUCUCUCUUCUUCUCUUUGGAAUUGCCCUCAGCGCCAAUAUGUGGUUUUUGUUUUAUUCCCUGAUGGUGAUGGCAUCUUUGGUAUCUCCCGCGUGUCCAUUUCAGAUGUCAAUGUCGACGAUAUUUCUGAGUCAAAACUGCAGAGGUCCUACAUCCGACGGUCAAAUUCGCCUCCCGGCAUCUUAAGCAGUCAGUGCACUGUGACUCUGUAUUUGCAGCCUGCUCAUUCACAUGGCGCUGUCUUCAGCCGUUAUUUCAGCGCCUUCUACUCUGGUGGUGUACUGACAUGGGAGCCUGAAGCACAAUCUUCUGACCACAGCCUGAACAUCGUAGCCACGAAUCAAUCCCUCCUUAAGCUCGAGCUGCCAGACAUACCUACCAGCUCUCUUGAAGCACCUUGCAUCAAGUGGCUGGUUAAGACAUCCACAGAUCCUGAAGUAUUUCUCGUUGUUGCUAGCCUUGUUCCUCAUGUCGACUGGCCUCUGGAUCUCGACGUCUCAUACAUGCUGCGUCACUUCUCAGAUCUCUGGGCACUCUGGUGUAUAAUAUAUCAAACGAUCUCCAGCUGCUUUGCAUUCCAAGGCCUCGGCAAAUAUCUCGCCUGGCAAAAGAUCAAGUCUCUCGACUACACCUUCCCAGACAGUUUUGACAAAGAAGCCAAGGACCUCGUACGGCAUCUCUUCAUACCCGAUCCAACACAACGGCUUGGCACCAGCAGUCCAGACUCUGCUCGCUCAUAUGCGGCACUUCGGCCACACCCAUUUUUCACGUCUGUGUCGUGA